AUGACUAAAAAACGUUACAAUGCGAUUGCACGCACAAAUCCAACUGUAGAAAUUGACAAUUCAGUUAAAAAGAUUCAGGUUGAAAAUGGAAGCUCUAAAGCAACUUAUGAUGCAUGUAAUGAAUUUGCUAUUCCAGCAGAAAAAAGAAAAACUAAAAAAAUCGACAAGAAAAAAACAGUCACACCGUUUCUAUCUAAGAAACGUAGAAAACAGCUGGAAAAAAUUGUUGAACGUAAAGAAAAAAAGCUACAGAGAGCUGAUUUAUUGAAAAACUUAGCAGAAGUUCAAGCAUCACCUGGAGAGCUUGAGCAGUAUAUGUCAAUUACGGCAAUCCAAACAAAAGGACUUAAAAGACACUUUCAAGAACUCAAUGCUCCUUCAUCAAAAACUAAAGACAGAAUUAAUAUUUUAGAAGAAGCAAAAUCAAUUCCGAAUGCCAUAAAGGGUAGUAAGAAAAGACGUAUGGAAUUAUUAGGUAGUGAAUUAAAACAACAAGCAUCAUCCGAUCCUAAUAUUGUUGGUUUUGAGGAAGAAACUGACAGUGAUGAAUCCAGCGAUGAUGAAAAUAUUGAAGCAGAAGAAGAAAUAAAAGAAGAAGAAAUUAGCGAAAAAAUAGAUCCAGAAAUUCCAAUUGUGGAGAAAAUUAUUGAUAAAAAUAUCAAUACAGCUAAAAUUAAAAGUGAUGAAAAAUCUAUAGAAGAUAAAACCAAGCCAACUAAGCCCGUGAAAAUAAUCUACGAAACGAUAGACCGUAAGCCAGCAGUUUUCGUUCCUGUAGAUCGUAAACCAGAAAUACAAGAGGAGCGAUUAAAACUUCCUGUACUAGAAGAAGAGCAGCGUAUAGUCGAGGCAAUAAACGAAAAUAACGUUGUAAUAAUAACUGGUGAAACAGGAAGUGGUAAAACAACGCAAGUACCGCAAUUUUUGUACGAAGCUGGGUAUGCUAGAACCAAAAUGAUCGGUAUAACUGAACCGAGAAGAGUCGCUGCCAUGUCUAUGAGUAAGCGUGUCGGUGAAGAAAUGAAUUUGGGGACUAAUAUAGUCUCAUAUUUAAUAAGAUUCGAGGGUAAUGUUACGCCUGAAACUAAAAUAAAGUUCAUGACUGACGGUGUUUUAAUGAAGGAAGUUCAGAAUGAUUUUCUGCUAACCAAAUACUCUGUUAUUAUUUUGGACGAAGCUCACGAGCGCAGCGUUUAUACCGAUAUCCUUAUUGGUUUAUUAUCGCGAAUUGUACGUUUAAGGGAAAAAAAGGGCGAUCCAUUAAAAAUAAUAAUCAUGUCGGCUACAUUGCGUGUCGCAGAUUUUGUCGAUAAUCCAAGACUUUUUAAAGUUAAACCUCCGGUUAUUAAUGUCAAAGCACGGCAAUUUGACGUUCAAAUACACUUUGAAAGAAGAACUAGUCAUAAUUACGUGCAAGAUGCAGUCAAAAAAGCUAUUAAAAUUCACACCCGCUUGCCUGAAGGUGGCAUUCUUAUUUUCUUGACCGGUCAACACGAAGUUAAUACAGUUGUUCAAAAAUUACGCAAAGCAUUUCCUUAUAAGAAGAAAAAAUGGGAAGCCACUAAGGCUCCCGUGAAAGACAGUGACUCCAAAAACGAUGAUAGUGACAGUAAUGAGGAUGAAGCAGAAGAAGACAUCAAUGCCAAGAAUGCGUUCCGUCGGAUAAAAAAUAAACGAAAAUUAAAAGCAAUAAACUUACCUAGAAUAAACCUUGAUAGUUACUCGGCAGUUCCAACGGAUGACACUCAAGAAUAUUCCUUCGAUUUAGACGGCAAUGAUGAUGACGACUUGGACUUGGACGAAGAUGAAGAUCAAGAUGAUGAAGAUAUUUUAGAAUUGAAUAGUCACUCGGACUCGCAGCCAAUGUGGGUUCUACCGCUGUACUCGUUGCUUCCUGCUCACAAACAGGCAAAAAUAUUCGAAGCUAUUCCCGAAGGCUGUCGACUUUGCGUGGUAUCGACCAACGUUGCCGAAACUUCGCUAACUAUUCCACGAAUAAAAUACGUGAUAGACAGCGGUCGUUGUAAAGUCCGUUUGUAUGAUAAAAUCACUGGAGUUACGACAUUUAGAGUUGGCUAUACAAGUCAAGCUGGAGCAGAACAGCGAGCUGGAAGAUCUGGUAGAACGGGUCCAGGUCAUUGUUAUCGGCUCUACUCUUCCGCUGUUUUCAAUAAUGAUUUUGAAAAGUUCAGCGAACCAGAAAUACGACGCAAACCAGUCGAUGAUCUUUUAUUACAGAUGAAAGUUAUGAAAAUUGAUAAAGUUGUUAACUUUCCAUUUGUAACAGCACCUGAUAUUAUUCAAUUGAAGUCUGCUGAAAAACGUCUCUGUAUUUUGGGGGCUUUAGAACAAGUAACGCGGCCAGAACACUUGGAAAGUUAUUGUGCUAAAGUAAGUCCACUUGGUAAAAGUAUUGCUGUGUUUCCCGUAGCACCACGGUACGGAAAAAUGUUGGCGUUAUCUCAGCAGCAGGACCUUUUAAAGUUUACUAUCAGUAUGGUAUCCGCGUUGUCAGUUCCGGAACUGCUGAUAGAGUCGCUCGGUUCUGAGGGUGAAACUAAGAAAAAGUGGUUGUUAAAGCGACGCAGCUGGGCUAAAACUGGUAAUAGUUUACUUCUUGGUGAUCCAAUGGUGCUCAUCCGAGCUGUUGGGGCUGCUGAGUUUGCACAAUCUCAGGGUAAAAUGGUGAAAUUUUGUGAAGAAAAUGGGCUGAAUAUAAAAGCAAUAACAGAAAUUCGAAAAUUGCGCCAGCAACUUUCUAAUGACAUUGCGUUGAAUAUUCCUGAACUAGACUUGACAAUCGAUCCCAACAUGGCACCACCAACCGAUUUGCACGCUAAAUUACUCCGUCAGAUACUCCUAGCUGGUAUGGCGGAUCAUGUUGCGAAAAGAGUGGAUCCUGAUGAAAUAAAAGAGGAUCAAGAUAAAGCUAAAUGGCGACAUGCUUACAGAACUUUGGAAAUGGAAACUCCUGUUUUCAUGCACUCGUGUAGUGUUUUGAGGAAAGAAAAACCUGAGUGGGUGGUUUAUCAGGAAAUUUAUGAAACAAAUAAAAUUUAUAUGAGAGGUGUUACUGCUAUUGAACCAGAAUGGCUUCAUAAGUUUGCACCGACUCUAUGUCGCAUGAGUGAACCUCUUGAUGACCCGGCUCCUACCUACGACUCUCAAACAGGAAAAGUUUUUUGUCAUAUGAGUGGGACGUUCGGUCGCGCUGCUUGGCAAUUGCCAACUAUGAAACUAGAAUACCCACUGAAUGUUAAUGGAGUCAAAUGUUUUGCAAGAUUCUUUCUUGAAGGCAAAGUCUGUCCAAAAUUAGAACAAUUCGUUGGUUCGUUACUGGGUACUCCUAGUAGUAUAAACAAGUCUUGGGCUGCAGUACUUACCAGGACAACUGCUAUUACCAAUGCUUUACUAAGUAAAGAAGUUAUGUCAAAAGAUAAAUUAUUGGAAGCGUGGAAAGAAGAUAAAUUCUUUUUGUUGGACGCUUAUAAAAAAUGGUUGCCAGAAUCAGCACACUCGGAUGUAGAAAAAAUAUGGCCGCCUAUAUAA